UCAGAGAUUCUCGACAAUGUAUACACUGGAGCCUGGACAAACUGGAGCAAAGGAGCAGUGUUAGGCUAUAUGCUCACUCUAGAGCGUGCAGAUGCCAACCCCGUCAUUGCACUCCUGGCAUUGUUUGUCACUUUUGUUGGAACCCGCACCUGGAGAGUUUCCUGUUUUGCCCUCCAUGGAAUACUAUCAUCCGAGGAAGUUCAAGAUGGUCUUUAUCAUCAACAUCAAGCGAUUCUUCGAAAUUCGUCAAACGCGACAUCAGGCCUCAUCACACUAUUCCAGCUCUUAUGGGCCUGGAGGUCUAGCAAACCAUAUCGUCGGAUCAUCCCUACCAUCACGUUAACGGCUAUCGUGGCUAUGGCCUUUGCUAUGGCCAGUUGCUUUUCAUCUCAAGUGGCCACAGGAAACGAAGUCUUGAUUUCCAGCCCCCGCUGCGGCUCUCUUGUUUAUCCUGACGGCUACGACAAUACGACCGUUCUCAAAACUAUUACCUUGCCUCACUACAAGAAAGUUAUGAAGAACGCAGCCAACUACGCCCAGCAAUGUUACGACCCAGAUGCAUCGGGACAACUCCAGUGCGGCACAUUUAUCAAAAAGAGCUUACCGAUAAACAUUACAAAAAAUGCUGGCUGCCCCUUCGACGAUGGUAUUUGUCGCAACAAAAACAAAAACUUGGUUUUGGAUACCGGAUAUAUAGACAGUCAAAAAGAUCUCGGUAUUAACUCUCCCCCACAAGAGAGGUUCCAAUAUCGAAAUGUUCUUCACUGCUCCCCCUUGGUAACACGCGGAUAUAAAGCUGCACGGAACUCGUCGAGCGGGAGCACUUACACAAGAUAUUACUACGGGAAAACCUCCCGAGCUAAUUACACAUACGAGUACAAAAUUGAUCCCAUCUGGGAAUCGGCGAAUGUCGACUUCGUAGUCAACAACAUCAGCCCUGAUUAUGAUAUUAGCACAUACUCGGCACACAACCAAAAUGGCUCUUUUUCUUCAUACGAAUCCAAUUUCCAUCCUAUCCCUGAUUUACAACGCUCAGAUGCCGAUGUUACCCUGAUUUUUCUAUCGGCUGGAAAAGUCACCUUUAGUACAAAAACAGUCGAUGACUGGUACAGUGCUACUCAUAUAGUGGCUAGAGGGAUUUCAAUGUACGGGUCUGGUAAUGGGACUUUAAGCAACAUAUAUGGCCAAGACGAGCCGGCAUCCCCCUUGGCAUGUGCAAGCCAAGUACAGUGGUGCAAUUCUAACCUCCCAGAAAACAACCGCUGCACUCCACUUAGUGGACAGGCGGAUGCAUUUUAUAGUGCUCAGGGUUUUUUCAAAAAUGAAGCUUUGAAGGAACGACUCAAUUGGUUUUGGGAUUUCCAGCCUCAACUUGAUGCGCUGCUGUCCUACUUGGGGUCUCAGUCCUUGAAAUCUACAAACUCCCUUAGUGGCGGCACACAAGGCCCUCUUCCGGACAACCAGUGGCAACUUGACGUACAAAACUGGUUCGCCACGAUGCUAGCAUACAUGCAAGCGUACGCCGUCAGUAUUGUAACUGGGCCUUCGGACGUCAAUCUCCAGCAAUAUGUUGUACAACCAAACUCCACGACGGAAAGAUCGAUAUGCAAAAACCAGAUAAUCGUUAGCUCCGUACAUUACUCUUUCAGUCUUUUCGGCAUCUAUUUCAUUCUUGUGCUGGGAUGCCUUAUUAUCCUUAUCUCAUACAUCCUAGGGCCUGUCUUCAACAUGCUACACAAGCGCUACCACCUGAAAGGAUAUGCGCUCCUAGAAUGGUGCACAAACGACACGCUACAACUUCAACGUCUCGCCCACGAGGAGCUCGGAUUUGGUACCUGGUCUUACACUACUGAUGCUAUUCCCGUACCAAAAUGCGGCGAACCCCUUGCGGUGCUGGACCUAAAGGACCCCAAACACCCAAAGCUG